AUGCUGUCGGAAAAGAAAAGUAUGAUUGGACAAAAAGAAAUUGAUUUUCUGGGAAUGAAAAUAUCUCAUGGAACUAUCUGUCCAGGUCCUCAUCUCGCUGAACAAUUAUCGCAGUUUCCUGAUGAUAAUCUUUCUGUCAAAGAAAUACAAAAAUUUCUUGGCAUCAUUAAUUACAUCAGAGACUUUAUCCCUCAUGCGAAUAAGGAUAACAAGAGGUCCUACUGUGGACACGCAAGUGGAGAAUUCAAAGAUUCUCAAAAGCAUUAUCACACUGUGUUCAAAGAAAUAAUUGCAGUAAAAAAUGGAAUUCAGAAAUUUGACUUCUACGUCAGAUCAAAGUACUUAACAGUUGAAAUGGACAAUUCAUCUUUCCCAAAUAUGCUUGAAUUCCAAAACAAGAUUCUCCCUAAUCCACAGAUUCUCAGAUGGAAGGCUGGUUUUCCCGAUAUGUCUUCUCCAUGA